CCCCCGAAGGGAAACGCUCCUCCGGGCUGACAGCUGUGUGGGUGGCUCGGAACCGCUUUGCAGUCCUGGAUCGCAUGCAUUCGAUCCUCAUCAAAAACCUGAAGAACGAGAUCACGAAGAAGGUGCAGGUGCCGAACUGCGAUGAGAUUUUCUACGCUGGCACCGGGAACCUGUUACUGAGGGAUGCAGACUCCAUCACCCUCUUUGACGUGCAGCAGAAGCGAACUCUAGCCUUGGUGAAGAUCUCCAAGGUGAAAUAUGUCAUCUGGUCAGCUGACAUGUCCCACGUGGCUCUGCUGGCUAAGCAUGCCAUCAUGAUCUGCAACAGAAAGCUGGAGUCACUGUGUAACAUUCAUGAAAACAUCCGCGUCAAGAGCGGUGCCUGGGAUGAAAGCGGCGUUUUCAUCUACACCACCAGCAAUCACAUCAAAUACGCCGUCACCACGGGGGAUCACGGAAUUAUCCGCACCCUGGACCUGCCCAUCUACGUUACCCGCGUGAAGGGAAACAACGUGUACUGCCUGGACAGAGAGUGCCGCCCCAGGGUCCUCACCAUUGAUCCCACAGAGUUCAAAUUCAAGCUGGCAUUGAUCAACAGAAAGUAUGAUGAGGUGCUGCACAUGGUGAGGAAUGCCAAGCUUGUGGGCCAGUCCAUCAUUGCCUACCUGCAGAAAAAGGGCUACCCAGAGGUGGCCCUGCACUUUGUCAAGGAUGAGAAGACCCGUUUCAGCCUGGCACUGGAGUGUGGCAACAUCGAGAUUGCUCUGGAAGCAGCCAAAGCUCUGGAUGACAAGAAUUGUUGGGAGAAACUGGGAGAAGUGGCGUUGCUGCAGGGAAAUCACCAGAUUGUGGAGAUGUGCUACCAGCGCACCAAGAACUUCGAUAGGCUCUCCUUCCUCUAUCUCAUCACCGGCAAUCUGGAGAAGCUUCGGAAGAUGAUGAAGAUAGCUGAGAUCCGUAAAGAUAUGAGUGGCCACUACCAGAAUGCCUUGUAUCUAGGAGAUGUGGCAGAGAGAGUGAGGAUCCUGAAGAACUGUGGGCAAAAGUCCCUGGCCUAUCUCACGGCUGCCACUCAUGGUCUGGAUGAGGAAGCUGAAAGCCUGAAGGAAACGUUUGAUCCUGAAAAGGAAACGAUUCCAGACAUUGAUCACAAUGCAAAACUGCUGCAGCCUCCUGCUCCUGUCAUGCCUCUGGAUACCAACUGGCCAUUGCUGACUGUCUCCAAGGGAUUCUUCGAAGGAACAAUUGCCAGCAAAGGCAAAGGAGGUGCCUUGGCUGCUGAUAUCGACAUCGACACUGUUGGCACCGAAGGCUGGGGAGAAGAUGCAGAGCUGCAGCUGGAUGAAGAUGGCUUUGUGGAUGCUGGAGAGGGCUUUGGAGAGGAAGGUCUAGGUAAAGGACAGGAAGAAGGAGGUGGAUGGGAAGUCGAAGAAGAUUUGGAUCUUCCCCCUGAACUGGAUGUUCCUGCUGGUGCAGCAGGAGCAGCAGAGGAUGGAUUCUUUGUGCCACCUACUAAGGGCACCAGCCCAGCUCAGGUGUGGUGUAACAAUUCUCAGCUUCCUGUUGACCACAUUCUGGCAGGCUCCUUUGAGACAGCAAUGAGACUCCUCCAUGACCAGGUCGGAGUAACAAACUUUGGACCCUACAAGCAGCUGUUCCUGCAGACCUACGCCCGCGGCCGUACGACCUACCAGGCCCUGCCGUGUCUCCCUGCGAUGUAUGGCUACCCACAUCGCAACUGGAAAGAAGCUGGCUUGAAAAACGCCCUCCCUGCCGUUGGACUGAAACUCAACGACCUGAUCCAGCGCCUGCAGCUGUGCUACCAGCUCACGACUGCCGGCAAGUUUGAGGAGGCCGUGGAGAAGUUCCGCUCCAUCUUGCUCAGCGUGCCCUUGCUGGUGGUGGACAACAAGCAGGAGAUUGCUGAGGCCCAGCAGCUGAUAGCCAUUUGCCGGGAGUAUAUUGUAGGACUCUCGAUGGAGAUCGAGCGGAAGAAGCUGCCCAAAGAGACCCUGGAGCAGCAGAAGCGAAUUUGCGAGAUGGCUGCCUAUUUCACCCACUCCAACCUGCAGCCCGUCCACAUGAUCCUGGUGCUGCGUACGGCUCUCAACCUCUUCUUCAAACUCAAAAACUUCAAGACAGCUGCUACUUUUGCCCGUCGGCUACUGGAGCUGGGUCCGAAGCCUGAGGUGGCCCAGCAGACUCGUAAGAUCCUGUCAGCGUGUGAGAAGAAUCCCACUGACACCUACCAGCUCAACUAUGACAUGCACAACCCCUUUGACAUCUGUGCCGCCUCUUACCGACCCAUCUAUCGUGGCAAACCCGUGGAGAAGUGUCCUCUCAGUGGAGCUUGCUACUGCUCAGAGUUCCAUGGGCAGAUCUGCCGUGUCACCACGGUGACGGAGAUCGGCAAAGACGUCAUCGGGCUGCGGAUCAGCCCGCUCCAGUUCCGCUAGGGCAUGCCUGUCCUGGGGAGGUGCGAGAUCUGAGGGAAACGGUCCCGUUUCACAGCACGCUGUGGAAACUUCACCUCCCACCAUUCCAGCUUUUAGUCUAGUUUCUUCACCGUAGCCGUGCCUGUGCUGUCUUACCUCCCCUUCCCCACCCAGGA